GCGACAGCGACCUCUAUCCUUNNCCUCCCUCUGUGCGCAACAUCAUUUGCGCAUCACCAUAUCAAGACUCACUCACCAAGCGGCUUGCGCAUUACACAGCAGUCGACCUUCAUCAUGGCUGAGCAAAGCAUGUAUCACGAGAUGUAUCGCAAUGCGAGCAUCGGCGGCACACUUGCAGACACCUUGGACGAUCUAAUUAGUAGUCGUCGUAUCGAGCCCCAGCUCGCCAUCAAGAUCAUGACCAACUUCGACAAGGCCAUCGCGCAGGUUCUUGGUGAAAAGGUCAAGGCCAGAAUGAGUUUCAAGAUUGUANNGGGUCACCUCGACACAUACCGUUUCUGCGAUGAUGUGUGGACCUUCAUACUUAAGGACGUUAAGGUCAAGCUGGACAACUCACAGCAGAUCGAGGUCGAGAAAGUCAGAAUCGUCAGCUUGCUGAACGCCAAUUCUGCCCACAACAGCGGAAAGAAG